CCCCGGUAUUCUCAAGUCGAAACUCCAGAGACACUGUCACUCUUUGUUUAAUUUCUUUGGAAGCGAUUCCUUGUGUGGUUGUAGCCAAAAUCGUCGUUUUUAGGGUUUCCUCGCAGCUUUCUUUGAGCUGUUUGAAAUGGCCACGGAAUCCAAGGUUGUGACGGAGGAUGCUAAGAUUGAUCUUUUUGAAGACGAUGAUGAAUUUGAAGAAUUUGAAAUUGGCGAAGAAUGGGAUGACAAGGAAGAGGGAAAUGAUGUCACACAGCAGUGGGAAGACGACUGGGAUGAUGAUGAUGUCAAUGACGACUUCUCUCUGCAGCUGAGGAGGGAGCUGGAGAACAACACUAAGAAGGACUAAAGUGUAUCAGUUGUCAGCUCCAUCCAUCAUUUCUGCAUUUCAUGUUUCUAGUAAUGAAUACGAGAUAGAUAUCAGCAUAUGAUAGAAAACUUGCGUUCAGUUUUUUGAACCUCAAACUUUGACCUCUUUUUGUGCUCCUUGAUCUACUGAAUAGGAAUCUUGGAGAAUUUCACUGUGAAGAGUUUGUCAUUCUCUGCA